GGGCGUGAAUUAAGCGAAGGCCGGUUCCUCUCUUACUGUAUAUAAACGCGAGAACUCCCAUGCGUUCUCAGUCCUCGUCUGGCACUACCACGCAACUCUCAAGAUGAACGGUCGUCUCCUCAUCGUCCUGGCCUUCGGCGCCGUCCUCGUCAACUUCGCCCAGAGCAUCAUCCUCCUGGCUUCUGGCACCGCGGCUGCCACCACCGUCACCGUCAGCGCCGCAGGUCUGGCCGCCGGCGCCGCCGCCGUGGGUGCUCUGGCCGUGGGCGCUGCAGCAGCCGUGGCCCUGGCCAGACGCGGAAAGCGCGAGGUUUCGUCGUGCCUUCCCUUCUCCAGCCCCGAGAUCUACUUCAGCAUGGCGGCCAACUCCGACUUCCUCGACUGCGGUCGCCGCUACGUCUGCGAGCUCGAAGCCACCGCCGACGACAAGCUCGCCCACGAGGAGCUCCUCAUCCGCAACCUCUUCGGACGCAGCUCAAGCGCCAUCAGCGGAGUCGCCGGAGGUUUCUUCGCUGACGCAGGCAAGGUCGGUGCCGUCAAUGGCACUGCCGCCUGCGCUCAGACCUUCAGCAGCUGUCCCUUCGACAGGAAGGACAUCUAUCAGGCAUUCAGGGAAAUCCAGAACACCGCCUGAGUCACUUCCUCUCCCAUGUUCUCACCACCGCAGCCAUAGACCCUAUGAGGACGGGGUAGUUUGCGUUGCGUGGAUUUCAUCUCGCCCUCAGUGCCAAGACCCAAGUGCCGGGUGUGGCACUGCAUCAUGAGAGAGCGUGGAACCUUCACCGUUCCACUUUCACAAUGCCACUUUGCUAUGAGUGUCAUUCCCAAUUAGAAAUGUCACUCCCUGUCAUAGUGCACACUCUGUUAAAGAGUCAGUACUGGCCUUAUUUUUUUAGUACCACUCUUUGUUCAAUGUCAUAUCCUAGUCACUCCCUGUCAGAGUUUUAUUUCUUAACUA